GGCAGAAUGCGAGCGAAGCCCCGUGCGAGGCUCAGACACUGGAGCAUCAGGUUUCCCUGUCUGUCUCCCAGCCCGGGCUAUGGGCAGAGCACUGCUGGAGAAUGGAGGCUUCCCAGGCUGAGGAGGGCACAGGGAGGGGGAGAAGACUGUAAGUGACCCAGGGAUCCCUAGCCUUUCUCCCCCCCAGCCAGAGCAGGUGGAUACCGCCUGAAUGCCUUCAGUAACCUGAUCGGGGCACUCGGGACAGGACACAGAGAUCCCCAGUGUAAAUGCCCUGUAUUCAAGCUCAGCAUGGAAGUCUGUCUCAGUGUGCAGGUCCCUGUGAUAGCUACAUACCAGACCUCUUGAAUUCAGAGUUUGGCAAAUUCACCAUGGACCUUGUUAACAGUGAAAUUACAGCUUCCACCUCCUUACCAAGCUUCAGCACCUUCAUGGACGGUUACACUGGAGAAUUUGACGCCUUUCUAUACCAGAUCCCUUCUUCAAAUCCACAGGCAUCGGUAAAGGUGGAGGAGUUUCAGGUAUUUGGCUGCUACCCAGGUUCAUUCACGAACCAAAUGGAUGAGACCAUGUCCUCUAGUGGAUCGGAUUAUUAUGGCAGUCCGUGCUCCAUCCCAUCUCCAUCAACUCCAGGGUUCCAAAAUCCUCAGAUGCCUACAUGGGAUACUUCCUACGGAGCUUAUUCUCCUUCACAGAGUUAUGACGGCAUGAGACCAUGGACUGAACAGCAGAAAAGCAGUAUUCCACAGCCUUCUUUUUUCUCCUUUGGUACAUCUGCUCACAGCCCAAACAUUGCCCAGAAUUCCUUAAAGAUGGCACAAACCACACACAGACUUGAGCAGCAGGUUGUGGAUGCUGAUGUCUUUGCUUUAGCACAGAACUCUACUGCUGGCUUUCCUGCCAUGUCUCUCGGUCAGGGGCCUGUGAUUUUGGACAGUCCUUUAUCCCCUUCAAAAGCACGUAGUCCCAGCUCUAAUGAGGGACGUUGUGCUGUGUGUGGCGAUAAUGCUUCUUGUCAGCAUUACGGAGUACGAACCUGUGAAGGCUGUAAAGGUUUUUUCAAGAGGACUGUACAGAAAAAUGCCAAGUACAUCUGCUUGGCUAACAAGGACUGUCCGGUGGACAAAAGGCGCAGGAAUCGAUGCCAGUUCUGCCGUUUUCAGAAAUGCUUAGCAGUGGGAAUGGUAAAAGAAGUUGUUCGGACAGACAGCUUAAAAGGCAGAAGGGGCCGACUGCCAUCUAAACCAAGGCAAAUUCCAGACCCUUCACCCAUCAGUCUGAUAAAUUCCCUGGUACGGGCACACAUCGAUUCAAUUCCCAGUUCAGCAAAGCUAGACUAUUCCAAGUUUCAGGAAAAUGUGCCUGUCCAGUUGGAGAAGGAGAACGCUCUCGAUGUGCAACAGUUUUAUGAUCUACUCUCAGGUUCCUUAGAAGUGAUACGCAAGUGGGCAGAGAAAAUCCAAGGAUUUCUGGAUCUCCCCAAAGAAGAUCAGGACCUUCUUCUAGAGUCUGCGUUUUUGGAACUGUUCAUCCUGCGCCUGGCAUACAGAUCAAAACCUGAUGAAGGAAAGCUCAUCUUCUGUAAUGGAGUGGUACUUCAUCGCAUGCAGUGUGUCCGGGGAUUUGGAGAGUGGAUUGAUUCAAUCAUUGAAUUUUCACACAGUCUGCAACGGAUGAAUAUCGAUGUCCCAUCUUUCUCCUGCCUUUCUGCCCUUGUCAUCAUUACAGAUCGACAUGGAUUGAAAGAGUCUAAAAAAGUGGAAGAUCUUCAGAAUCGGAUUAUUAAUUGCCUUAAGGAGCAUGUGACGUCCAGUGUGAGUGACCUGAACAGACCCAAUUGUCUGUCCAAACUUCUAGGGAAACUUCCAGAGCUCCGAACCCUUUGCACGCAAGGCCUUCAGCGCAUUUUUUACCUGAAGCUAGAGGACCUUGUGCCACCCCCUCCCAUUGUGGAUAAGAUUUUCAUGGACACUUUGCCUUUCUAAAGCAACCCACAGGCGCAAUGACAAUGGAAGUACGUUGCCUGGCAAAUUUUUCGAUCCUUUUCUUUGACAUUUAGGUGCCUCGUUCAGUAGAUCCCUGUAACAAUGUGAUCUACUGGAUCAUGAUAUUUAGACUUUAUUUUUAGUACUACAGAGAAUCCAGAUGUGCCUUUGGCUGAGAGGCUAUUAUCCUUGGUCUCUUCAUCUCUGUAUUGAAAGUAUUUUUUAUUACACAUGCACGGUUCAUCUGGCUUUUUCACAGCUACUUCAGAAAAGGGCCUGUACUUCACAUCAUUGAACUUUUUUUUUUAAGCUAAAGUUAUGGGAGAUUCUCUCCCCACGCACACUCCAGCAGGCCGUAGUUAUGGACCCCUUUUCAUUUCACAGCCAGUUUGUAAAGACUUGUACAUAAGUUGAAAAGAGAACUGUACAUAGAACUGAAAAUGCAAAGAUACCCUCUGCAGUGGUUACUAUGGAUCCCACAGUCAUCAGGACUGUGUGUAUAUAUGUGUAAUUUUUGAAAAGAAAACAUUUAUAUUUGUGUAUCUUACUGGAUUUACAGUAUGUGUUU